AAUUGAAGCACAUCAGAAAAUUAUUUAUACGCGCAAUAUAAUUAAGUACUCAAUGAACCGCAGGGAAGUCGCCGCAAGCAGCAACAAAAUAAAAAAAAAAAAAAAAGCGGCCAAACAGGCAGCUGCCGUUAAACCGGGCGACGGCAAUGGGCGCGAGCAGGAGCGGUAUAUGCAUUGGACAAGGUCACGUUGGCUCAGCCUCAGCUCAGACCGCAGCUGGCGCCGUUCGAUAAGCUGCGACUUUUGAUAACACGCACACGAUUUCUGUAUAAAACAUUGCCGCCGCAUCCCAAUCAGCAGCACUUGCGGACUUACAGCCCAAUCAGCAACAGCAGCUUGCCAAUUUGAAUUUCAAUUCCAAUUCCCCAUCCACGUUCCACAUUCCCAAUUCCAAAUUCCAAAUUCCAAUAAGAUGUCGCAGUACAAUUUUGUCGCUCUGCUCGCCUGUGCCGUUAUCCUAGCGCUGGCCAGCCACAGCGCGCAGGCGGCCAUUGCGCACGCCGUCUUCAGCAAUCCCACUUACCCGGGCAAGUGCGUGCUGGACUCCAAUUCGAUUAUGACGCCCGGUCAGACAGGCAAGGCACCGAAUCAUCCCUGCGCCGGCGUCACAUGCUUGGAUAACGGACAUGUUGAGUUUCGCACAUGUGCCGCUGUAGCGCCACGCAAGGGCUGCAAGCUGCGCGACUUUGUCAACACUGAGCGCAACUUUCCCGAGUGCUGUGAGCGCACCUACGACUGCAAAGAGCAGAUCUAAAUUUCUCUGUUAUCGCUGAGCGCUGCUCCAUCCAUUUCUUUGUUUUUUUUUUUGUGUUUGUUUUGGUGUUGUUUUUUUUUUUU